AACGGAGAUGACGCCGAUGUGAUCAGUGACGACACGCACUUUGACUACCCCACCAUUCAAAGACAAUUCCCCCGCUGAUUUCUUUGGUCCCCCUCCUUACACACCACAAUUUCUCUCACACACACCAAAAAUGUCUCUUGGAAGAACAGUCAAGUUGAACACCGGAAACACCAUCCCUCAAUUAGGGUUUGGUACCUGGCAAGCUGAGCCAGGCCAGGUUGAGGUUGCCGUCUUCGAGGCGCUCAAGGCAGGCUACCGCCACAUCGAUCUCGCCAAGGUCUAUGGCAACCAGAAGGAGAUUGCGAAAGCCUUCAAGAAGGCCUUUGGUGGCGAGGUUUCUGGUCUGAAGCGCGAGGACGUCUUCAUUACAUCCAAGCUCUGGAACUCGCAACAUCGCCCGCAGGAUGUACCAGCAGCUCUUGACGACUGCUUGGCUGAGCUCGGCCUCGACUAUCUAGAUCUGUACCUCGUGCACUUCCCGGUCGCCUUUGAUGAGCGCAGCGACCCAAACAACAGCCUGUUCCCCAUGCAGGACAAGUCCGAUCAGCCUGACGGUGAUGUCAAGAUUCUCGACGAUGUUUCCAUUGUCGAUACGUGGAAAGCCAUGACACAGCUGCCCAAGGAGAAGGCACGUGCUGUCGGCGUCUCCAACCACACCAAGGAGCACCUGCAGGCUCUCAUCGACGGCACUGGCGUCACCCCAGCUGCCAACCAGAUCGAGCGCCACCCGCGACUACUCCAGCCAGAGCUCAUUCAGUUCUGCAAGGAGAAGAACAUCCAUGUCACUGAAUACUCGGCGUUCGGCAACAACAUGUUCGGCGUUCCCCUACUGGUUCAGCACGACACCGUAAAGGAGGUCGCCAGCCGUGUUGGCGCUACCCCCGCCCAGGUCAUCCUCGCCUGGGCCCAGGUUGGCGGCCACAGUGUGAUUCCCAAGUCCGUUACCACAUCUCGCAUCCAGGAGAACUUCAAGGAGAUUGAGCUAUCCAAGGAGGACUUUGAGAAGAUUGAGAGCAUUGGCAAGAAAGAGCCACGCCGAUUCAACAUCCCAUACGUUGCCAACAAGCCGCGAUGGCCGGUCAAUAUCUUUGGAGAGCCGGAGGAGAAAGAUGCUCCCCAUAAGGUAGUUGUCUAAGGGUUACUCGUCUUCCAAUAAAAGCAAAUAAGUAGAUCACACAAACAAUAAAAGUCGCCUCUAUCUAUAACCUGC